GAGGCGGUGGGGGCGCGCGGGGCGGCAGCGGGGGCGGCAACAUGAACGACUCGGAGCUGGACUACUCGUGGGCGAACGGCUCGCUGCUGGACGCGGCGGGACGGCUGCAGUGCCCGGCGGACGCGGGCGUGGCGCGCGACGAGCGGCUGCUGCGCUUCGUGCUGCACGGCGUGCUGCUGAACGUGCUGGGCGCGGGCGGGCUGCUGGGCAACGCGCUGGCGGUCGUGGUGCUGUCGCGCCCGCAGAUGCGCUCGUCCGUCAACUGCCUGCUGGUGGGGCUGGCGGCCGCCGACACCGUGCUCAUCGUCACCUCCGUGUUGCUGUUCGGCCUGUCGGCGCUGUACCCCUACACGGGCCACCUGCGCCACUACUACUACGUGGUGUGUCCGCUGCUGACGCCGCUGGCCUACCCGCUGGCGCUGGUGGCGCAGACCAUGUCGGUGUACCUGACGCUGGUGGUGACGCUGGAGCGCUGGGUGGCCGUGUGCCACCCGUUCCGCGCCAAGGCGCUGUGCACGUCGGCGCGCGCGCGCUGGUACGUGCUGGGCGUGGGCGUGUUCUCGCUCGCCUACAACGCGCCCAAGUUCCUGGAGGUGGCCGUGGAGCGCCGCGCCGCGCCCGGCCUGGAGCCCGUGUACUGCGUGACGGCCACGCCCUUCCGCACGCCGCUGUACGUGACCGUGUACAUCCACUGGCUGUACCUGCUGGUGAUGUACAUCGUGCCGUUCUCGCUGCUGGCGGCGCUCAACGCGUGCAUCGUGCGGCAGGUGCGGCGCGCGCAGGCCGAGCGCGCGCGGCUGUCGCGCGGGCAGCGGCGCGAGCUGGGCCUGGCCACCAUGCUGCUGGUCGUGGUGCUCGUGUUCUUCCUCUGCAACCUGCUGCCGCUCUUCACCAACGCCUUCGAGGUGUUCCUGGAGCCGGCACGCCUGGACGCGCUCGACCCGCUCGUCAAGACCAGCAACCUGCUCGUCAUGAUCAACAGCUCCGUCAACUUCGUCAUCUACGUCAUCUUCGGGGAGAAGUUCAAGCGCGUGUUCCUGAAGAUGUUCUGCUCGGGGCGCUGCGCGCGGCCGCGGCGGGAGUCCCCCGAGCACACGCGCGACGACUCGCUGGCGUCGUGCGGCGAGCGCGUGUCGCUGCGCCUCGUGCGCAACGGCACCCUGCGGCGCUCGCGGGGCGCGGGCGGGGGCGGGGGGCACGGGGGGCGCGGGGGGCGGGGCACGCGCGUGUACUACCCGGGCGCCGAGGCCACGUCGCUGACGGCGCUGUCGGAACGCGCGCCCCCCGCGGCCCCCGCGCCCCCCGCCGCCGCCGCGCGCUGGAACGGCCACGCCAACGACCACUUCUAGCCGCCGCCGCCGCUGCAGGCCGACGCCCGCCGCACUCAGUGAAGUGGGACUAUUGUGCAUUCGGUUGAGUUUUCUUAGUUAGGAACUCUUGUUAUCUCUAACAAAAUGGUUACACUUUUUGGUAAAUAGAAAAUGAACUGUAUUUUUCUAGUCAACUGUGAGUGGACCUUCCGUCUGUGCG